AUGAAUAAUUUUCGUCAAAUAAAUAAUAAUUUCUCCUCAGAGCAAAUUAAUUCUUCAGUCUACUCUACUUAUUCUAAUUUUAAUAAUAGCAACAAUUAUAACACAACUAGUAUUGGCACUUUUGAUGGAAAUUCUCAAACUGCAAAUCUAAAUGAUCUUAAGAAUGUUCCUUUUGAAUUUUUAUCAACACCUUCUCAACUUUUAUCUCCGGCAUAUUCUCAAUCACAACUCCAGCCUCAACUUUUUUCUUCCCAAGCUUCUCAACAAAAGACUUUCGGAGAUUUUGAAUGA